AUGCUAGAAGACAGGAUCCUGAACAUGGCGGAAGCCAUCUCGAGAACCUGUGAAACGGGAGAUCCUUGGGGAAGUUGGACGGUGCCGACAAUAAAUUGGGUCAAUGGGGUCCCGGGGUGUGGAAAAACAACUUGGGUUAUAAAACAAUUCGAUGCGGAGAAUGACUUGAUUGUCACUACAACAACAGAAGCAGCUAAAGACCUCAGGGGAAAAUUAAGCAACCGCAUUGGCACCGACGCAAAAACAAAAGUGCGCACUAUGGCCUCAAUUUUAGUAAAUGGCAUGAGCAGGCAAAACAGAAGAUGCACUCGACUUUUAGUCGACGAAGCUCUCAUGUACCAUUUCGGGGCCAUAGUAAUGGCAAUGCGACUGAGUGGAGCGGAAAAAAUACUGCUCAUCGGUGACAUCAAUCAACUUCCGUAUAUCGACAGGGAAAACCUCUUUGCGAUGCAAUAUACUCGCCCAAGCCACGUGACCACAAUCAGCCAAGAACUCCUGUGUACGCGCCGGAAUCCGAUAGAUGUGGCAUAUGCCCUGAGUGAAAUCUACAAUGACAUAUAUUCAUCCAGAUCUCAGGUGCAUUCACUGGAAAGGAAAUGGUACACAGGAGUUGUCAUUUCAGGUACCCUGCCAAAUACAUUAUAUCUUGUAUACACACAAGCAGAAAAGGAGUCCCUUACAAGCCAGGGAUAUGGUUCGGGUCCUGGGUCACGAAUUUUAACCGUACAUGAGGCCCAAGGCCUCACAUACGGGACAGUGGUCAUAAUGAGGACAACAACAGAGAAGCACAAAAUUUAUGACAGCGUCCAACACGCAGUAGUGGUAGUGUACAGGCACACAGUCUCCUGUGUAUAUUACACGGACGAUUGCGACGAUGCGACUGGAAGGCUGAUCGAAAGCGCGAUGGCUGCGACAACAAACAGAAUUAAAGAAUAUAACCUAAAAAUUGCACUAAGAAGCAGAGACGCAGUUGUCGUAGAGGCCCUGACAAUGGCGACUUAA